AUGUUACAUGCGCUCCCUCCCAUCGUUUGCCUUGCGCCGGAUCUCCCCCCCGUCACACCCACCUCCUCCAAUUCAGCGGGUACACUCCCUCCCAGCUUCACGAAGCCUUUCCGCAGCCAUCAUCACCACCACCGCCACCAACCCCACCACACACCGCCACUGCUCAACACUUCCCGCCCACGAGCAACUCUUGCCUCCGCAGCCGUUUCGGAAGCCGCCGCGGCUCCGCAGACACUGCAAGCGGCCAACUCGCUCGCAACGCUGGGCGGUGGCGUCGGCUCUCUGCUGUCCCCGCAGAACAAUGUUCUACAUGCCAACAUAUUUUCCUCGGUGAGGAGAAGCAACAACCUGCCACGGAAACGACCCCGAACCUCUUCACACCCAUACGGUCGACCCAACAACGAUUUCAUCAACGAGAUCCCUGACUUGCGGCUGGGGUCGCCGGCUCCAGCGGGUGUGUCUCCCAUUCGUGCCCGCAAAUGGGAUGGGAAUACGAGCAGAGACGGCGGUAGCCUCUGGGGACAAAGCGGCGUUCCGCCAACUGGGGUGAUAGAUCCAAGGACGAGCGCGGAGCCUCUCGAGACAGAGUGGGCGUGUCCGACUUCCUCGGUGGCGACAUCCACCUCUAGUCUUCACGACGGCUUCUCGGAUGUCUUCGCCACCCCUGUGCCAGGCGGGUCUCGCCGUGCCGCUCUUCAGCCGCACCCGAGUCGGUUCAAAGUCGUACCUGGCCGACUGAGUCGCUCAGCAGAGGGUCUCACGCGUCCUCGAUCGGGAGUUCGCAAUUACCCUAUGGAGAACCUGGGCAACUGGCCCCUGAACACCACCGAGCGGUGGAUGAAGGCGAUCGUUACCCAGGACACCUCGCAAGAGCGUUUAGACAAGCUGCGGGAAAUUCGGUUGAAGCGCAUAGCAGAGCGCGAACGAAAGGGGGCUGCGUGGACGCCAGUGGCCGAUUCCUCGAGCGAUAGCGGUGAUUCGUACGUGAGCGAGGAGGAGCCGGAGGUGCGCGGGGGGGACGAGGAAGGCCGCGAGGAAACCGAGCAAGAGAAAGAGAUACGGAGGAAGCUUAAGAAGGCUAUCAGAAAGAAGGCACGAAGAGCGAAGAAACGAGAAGCGGAAAUGAAAAGUCGCUCUAACCGGGGGAGGUGGCAGACGGCGGGCAGGCAUGGCGGCCUCGUCGCCCGCGCGAAGGCCUCCGUGCCCUCCCUCGCCACCCGCGGGGACUUGGUUCAGCUCAAGGGUCACGCCGACCGCGUGCUGAUCGGCAAGAUCGCUCGCUGCUGGGCAACGGUGGCAGAAUUUUUCGGGGUGAAACCCACCCAUGGCGGAAACGAGGUCCACGCAGCACUCUUCCGGAGCCAAGACCUGGAAGCCCUCGUCGCAGCGUUCAAGCGAGAGGGAGAACUGCGGGAGAAAGACGAACACCGCAUCGCGCUCAAAAGACAACAGUUUGAGGAGUCCAUGGCCAAGCGCAGGAGCGGACCGAUCGCAGAAGUGGUAAAGGCCUACGCUGCCGGGCUGGGCUAUCGGCCGUCCACUAAGAAAAAACACAAACGCAUCGUCGACGGGGCAGGAAGUAAUGGCAGCGGCGGCGGCGGCAGCGGCGAUGGUACUGAUGACGGAGACACAGCAAGCGUUGAAACAGUCGCAACUUCCCUGUCGGCAGCGUCGUCACUGUCGUCUGGAGAGCACCCAGCAACGGACUGGUGGACGGACGGAGGGGCCAGCAACCGCUGGGCGAUGGGCCCCGCCGUGCGGAAGACGUUGUUCCUCUCGCUGCAAGCGGGGGCGGUGGCGCACUUGCCGCUCAAGCAGAGGCGCGCUGCUGAAUUGCCGUGGGUGGAGGGGGCCACGCACAUACUACUCCGUCGGCCGAAGGACGCCCUCGUCGCCUGCGCAAAGUACGGCCGGGACUUCCAAAACCUCACGGCGGCGCAGGUCGUCCUCGCCCUCCGAGCCUACGCCGCGCAGCGCAUCCACGCCCAGUGGCGCGGCUGGGGUCCCCGCCGCCGCUUCGCGCCCAAGAUCCUGGCCCUUAGGAGGCUCGUCGAGCGGGAGCGGGCCAUCCGGGUUGCCCGACGGCGGGAGGCGUUCGGCGGGUGGAAAGCGGCGCACCGGUCGAAGAUGGAACUAAUGCGGGGCACAAGGAGAGCGUUUCGCCGGUGGAGGAUCGAGUCCGAGCGGAUGGCGAAGACAUCGGCGCUGUUCCGUGGAACGUUCUGGCCGCUCUACGUCUGGAGGCGGUGGGCCAACUACCGCAUCAGCUCCAGGGACAAGGCUAAGUUCCUCCGGAAAGUCUACCUGACCGUCAUCCUCGUUCGGCACUUUCGAGCGUGGAACGCGGUCACCGAGACGGGGCAAAGGCUCGUCGGCCGGGCCGACCGGGCCUCCGACACCCGCUUGAAGACCAAGGCGGACCGGUUGUUCAGGCAGAGACCCGGCGGCCACCACUCGAGGCACACCACCCACGGGGGCAGCGGCAGCCCGAGCGGACCCUCGGCAAGGAGGGACGACGCCUUUGACAACCGCAACCACGGUGCCGCCGCCGCCGACGACGACGACGCGAGCCGCACCUCACUUGGCGGUAUGCCGGAGGAAAGCGCUACAGAACCCUCUGAUUCUCCAAGAAACGAGAGCAGGGUCGGAGUGGAAGGAGACCGGACCGCCAAGCCACAGAACAGCCGUGGCGGCGGCGGAGGCAUGAGAGGCCGCAGGAGUCACCACAACGGGGGCGGGGGGGACCGUGGAGGGUCCGCCUCUGCCGCCGCUGCCGCCGCCGCCAGCCCACCCAUCGCCGUGCUGGGGAGGCCUAACUACGUCGUUUUUCCGGGCCUGAGGGACACCGAUUUCGGCGGGGAUGUCCCGGAUGGCGGAGCGACCUUCGCGUGUGAGGUCUUGCGGGACCACUUCGAGAAGAAGGAAGUGCUGAAGGCCAGGGUGAACUUCUUGCUCUACCGGCGCCUUGGGCCACAGGUACUGGCGCGCCUGAGAAUCAAGGCAAACGAGAGGCAGCGCUCUCGCUAUGCCGCGUAUGUAGACGCGCGUCGCGUGCAGAAGAAGUACCUGAAGGCCUGGCACUUUGUGGUCAUACAGACCGCUGCCGUGAGGAGGGGGAUCACUGGGGAGGCUAUGGUUAUGACGCUGGACCAGGUCCGUGCCUCCAUGCGAAAAGGCAGCCUGGAAGAAGACGACGUGACGGGGAUGGAAAGCCAUCCGCUCGCAGCUGGAGCAACAGCAAACUUUGCCGGUGGCGUAGGCGCGACAUUGGGUGAAAGUACCGAACUCGGUAGUGGUGAUCUGCUGUGCGGCGUGAAUCAGCUCGACGAGGACAGAAAAAUUCGCCGGCGGCAAGUGGAGCGGACAUCCAUCCGCUCGAGCCGGCUGGUUGACAGAACGGUGUCGCUGAAGGAGCAGUCCGUACAGGACGCGGAAAACACCGCCGCGUGGGUCAGCGCGCGCAAGGUCCGCGAGCGCGCCUUGGCAAAGUUCUUGAUACGGGAGGGCGCCAGGGCGAGGUCGGCAGACGAAAAGGCCCAAGUGUUCGUCGCGGGAUUCCAGCAAUACGCCGCUGAGAACCUAGUCAACGUGGUGGCACGCAUCUUUUACACGGUUGUAGAUGGCAGGAAGUCAGUCACACUCCGCAAGACCUUGCGGCAAUGGCGCAGCUGGUACAACAUUCGAAUGUCUGUGCAGCUCUACAACCGGCAGCGACUUCGCAACUGGCUGCGGAUUUGCGGGCGGCUACGGUACCUGUGGAGGGGGAUGCCGCUCUUCCGCUUGCUGCGAGUCAAGUGGUCCGUGUUCCACCGCCUGCUCGAGCUGACGAACCACCGCAUGCUCUACGGCACGCCCGAUCUACCGGCGACCCUUCGUCGACGUCGCGAGCUCCUUCUCGACUACUCACGCCUCUUGCAGGAGCGAGGUUUUGUCCCCGGCCGCUACGCUCCAGAGGUACUCCUCCCGGCGACGCUCGAUCCGUCGGCACUGUUUCAAAGGUGGAAGCAGUACACGCAAGCGAGAGCAACCGCGCGCUUUCUGCGAUGCUCUCUGCGCCGUCGCCACCUCCACCGCGUCGCCCGCGUGACGUUUGACGGGUGGCGGACGGGGCUGGGCCCGAGACAGGUGCGGAGGGCGGCAGAAAUGAGGGCCGCACCUACGGAGGCAGCGGCGGGGGCCACCGCCGCCCAGUCAGAUGCUGCAGCGAUAGGAGUGCCGGGUCGCUCCUCCAAGCGGACGCUGACAGAGGAUGUUGGAGAAAUUAUCGAGGAGGAAGAGGAGGAAGAGGAGGAAGAGGAGGAAGAGGAUGGCGGUAUUGCUACCUGGGGGGCGCAGACUGGGGAUUCGAGGAGGUCGCGACGUGGUAAGGAUGGUAAUCUGAGACAGCGGAAGGUGUCGUGGGUCGAAGCCCGCGUGGAAGCCGAUCUGAGGGUCGCCAGGAGGACCGUGAUAGCCGGUUGGAGGAGUGCGCUGACACGAACCAUUGGGUUGAGGCAGGCGAAGCACGAGCAUCAGCUGAAGGAGGGAGCUCGGCGGAUCCCUACAUUUAAGAAGUUCCUGGCUUUCCACACGUGGCAAGCUACCGAGCGCGUGCGAACCGAGGCCCGGCUCCUCGUCGACGCCUUCCUCCACCGCGGGCACCUCAAGUUCCAAGACCAAGAGCCGCCCGACAUGGUGGGCCGCACCAACGAGAAGGGCAGCGGCUCCGGCCUAACCUUCUUCCGCGACAAGCCCGUGCCGGGCUCCAACCUCGUCUGCGAAGUGCGCGUCAUGACGCGGGUCGGGGAGGGCGUCGUCGGCAUCCAGCUCGUGAUGACGGGGGGGAAGCGGACGACCGAGCUCCCCGUGCACGGCGCAGCGGUCGGCGAGAACCGUUCCACCCGCGCGCACUGCUUCGCCGUCGACGCCCCCGUGGAGCGGCUGUCCCGCUUCGAGUGCGAGCACAACGACGGCCUGAUCGAGCGCAUGCGCGUGGUCACCUCCGGCGGGCGCUGGAGCCCCUGGUUCGGGGAGAGGCUCACGGCGAUCCCGGACACGGCUGUGCUGCCGGACUGGCACGUCCACUCGCUAGCGGCGACGACGGCGGCCGCGGCUACGGCGGCCACCAAAGCUGCUACCGCGGCGUCGUUCGCGAGCCUCGAUGAGGUGUCCUCCACGGAGAAGGCGGCGACGGCCCUCGCUGCGGCGGAGGCCCAGACGACGGCAGCGAACGCGCCCGAGUGGGACGUCCAAAAGGAGUACAUCACGGGACUGGUGGGUGUCAGGACGCAGGAGAGGCUGGUGGGACUCGGGGUGAUCACCCGCCACGUCACGAACUCUCACGUGUUCAGCUACCUGUGGGAGGCGCCAGACGAAGACGAGGGGGCGAUGCACGACACGAACUCGGAAAGCAGCCUCGACGGGCGCCUUUCAACCAGCGACAAGAACGGGAGUAACAAGUCUCUCGCAUCCAAUUCACUCACCAGCAUCGACGGUAGUGCCACAGGGGAGCGGAGAUCGUCGAGUAUGAACCCCUCUCAGGCAAGACCCCCCCCGCCGACAGUAUUGGGAGGAGAAGCUCCAGCAAGCGGGAUCUCGAAUGGCACCGAGGCCGGCGACGGCGGGGACGCAACCGGGAACAGGUCUCACAUCUCCCCCGCGUCGAGUGGUGGGCCAACCCUCUCAAGAGUAGAGGCCAAGCAGAUAAAGUUCGCGCAAGAAAUGCGAGAUCGAGAGAAGCUGAGAGAAGAGAGCGCGCGCCUUGCCAAAGAGAGAGAGGAAGAAAUGGAACGCCUCAUGAGAGGCGGGAAACCCAACGAGGACGAAGAGGAAGAGGAGGGAGGCGAAGACCCGUCCUCCCUUUCCUCGCCGGGCAUGAGUGCGACGGGGAAAAAAAGGAGAAAGCGCGGCCGUGCUCCGCCUGCGGCCCACGAAGAGUUCUCCUGCAUACUACGAAUGCGACGGACAGACGCGCGGUUUGCACUUGAGCGUUCGGUUGCACUGGCCAGAAGGGCCCGGACAUUCACCAGUAACUCUGCGAAUAUGUUCGACGACGCGAGCGGCGCGCUUAGCACCCUGACGGUCACCGUAGGGCUGACGAAUUGGCUGCACUCGGCACUCCUUCCACAGCUAGUGCCGCUGCCGGUCCUGGCGACGACCACCACGGACAUGUUCGAUAGGGGAGAGAAGAUGCUCAUGACGGCGAGGGCAACCAAGGCCCGCGGUAACCGAAUGAAGAACGCGGCCGAGAGCAUGAAAAUCGCUAAACAGAAGAGAGGCCGCAGGGGGGUCAUGUCUCCGAGACAGCGAGCGCAAGAGAUCCGAGACCGCGAGCACAUAGUUGAAUGGGAAGCGAAAAGCGCGGCGCUCCUGGCGAAAGCGCAUCGGCAGAGAGUGGAAGCAGAUCGACUCCUCGACGAUGCGAGAGAUCGGCUGCCGAAGGUGUCGCAGAGCGUCAAGACUUUGCAAAUGUACCUCGAAUACCUCAAGCUCGCCAGAAGGCAAAUGGAACUGGAGCGAGAAUUUGGCUUGGGUGCUCUGCGAACUAAGAAACCGGCGGAGAGCGCGGUUGGAGGGCAGCUCAGCGAAUCAACGAGCUGCGGGAUUGAAGAAUCGCUAUUCGACGCUACCAUCAAGUCUCUCCAACAUGAGCGCCACGACGAUGAUGCCGAGGGAGGAGCAACGACAAGAGCAGGGGGCGGCGUGGGAGGAAUGGCCGGGGCUGGUCCGAGCACUCAACCGUCGGCCCUCACGGAGGAAGGGGCCAGUGUGGGACCCGAGCUAUCCGGGCUAGGAACCAUUGUGUCGAGUGUAAACCCGUGGUCCUAA